AUGGGCUCCAGCUAUAUGGACUCAAAUGCAUUGAAAAAUCGAGACACAACGACAAGAGUGGCGAAUAACCAAGACUAUCGGACUGACAUAACGCUUGUGCACACACCGAUACCUAUAUUGACACCCGGCAAGCCUGGGAACCGCUAUGGCUGGCUUGGGCCUACUGGAGGAGGUGAGGGGGGAAGGACGGGGCCUUCCCGCCCUACUCAAAGGCCCUCAAGCACACGAAAACCGCCCUCCCACACGCCGCACCAAACGUUGGUUCCCGUCAGCCUUUCGAGCAACGCGGUGGUGAGGGCCUCCAAGAUGGCGGCACUGAUAAAACCAGAAAAUCGAGACUAA